AUUAAAGAGCAACAUGGCGGAAGCACAAGAGAAACAUAAUAAAUUAUUUUAUUCAAAAAGUUUGCGUGUAAAAGCAACAGAAUUUUUAAAUAAUCGAAGAAAUGCUAAUAAUUUAUUAGAUAUUUUACAUGAUUUAGAGACAAGUCCGUAUAUUUCAACAUGCCUUCUUACACUAGAAAUGAUAUUUACCGAAUUAUUAAAACGACGGGAUAUGUACGAAGAGGUCGUCCCGUUAAAACCAUUAGAACAACGUGAUCCAGAAGGCCAAUAUCGAUUAUGGCUAAGAACGGCUUACGAACAAUCAUGGCUUCAAGUGUUAAAUCAUUUGGAACAUGGAAAACCUUCGGAUCAACAACAGUCCUUGGUCACUGCCAUGAAAUUAAUUGCUUUCGAAGGGAAAUAUCCUUUAGAUUCAGUAGAGUCAAAUUUCCCAACAAUGAAAUUAAAAGCCGUUUUAAUAAAAUUAUUAUCAUCAACAAAUAAUAUCUCGCAUUUAUUAAAUAAAUUCCAAGAAUACACAGCCUAUACGGAUGUAUUAUUCUUCGUAUGGAAAUCGUUACCAGCAAUUACCUCAAAAUCGCAAUCACCGAAUGAAAUAUACAUUAAGAAUCUCCUAGAAUUAAUUGAUAAAAUUCCUGUUAAUAAACAAACAAAUCCUGUUAUGAUGUGUGGCAUUAAAGGUAAAGCAGGGCAUUUUGAUUAUCCUACCGUUAAGAAAGCCAUGAAUAAAGUAUGGAACACGAUUAUGAGAUGGAAUCAUACAAGCGCCACACAUAAGCAAAUGUUGAUUGUUUUAUUAGAAAGAGUCUUGCCACAUUUAGAUAACCCCUUGUUACUAACGGAUUUCUUAAUGGAUUCCUUAGAUGUUGGCGGUCCUAUUAGUUUACUAGCUUUACAAGGUGUGUUCACAAUGAUACAAGUACACAAUUUAGAUUAUCCAUUGUUCUUCGAAAAAUUGUAUUCAAUGUUCGAACCAGAAAUAUUUCAUACUAAAUUUAAGGCUAGAUUAUUCUAUUUAUCUGAUAUGUUUUUAAAUUCUACGCAUUUACCUGAAAGUUUAGUUGCUGCAUUUAUUAAAAGAUUGGCACGUCUUGCUCUAGUCGCACCAUCAGAAGAUAUUUUAUUAAUCAUUAUGUUUAUUGGAAAUUUAAUUCUUCGUCAUCCUGGCCUCAAACGAUUAAUCAAUAUGCCUGGAGCCGGUUGCGAAGUGUCUUCUGAUCCAUACGUAAUGGAUGAAAGAGAUCCAUAUAAAUCAAACGCUUUAGAAAGUUCAUUAUGGGAGUUAAAAGUUUUACAGCAUCAUGCGUUACCACAAGUUGCAACUGCUGCUAGAUUCAUAGAUUUACCACUGCCAUCUGUUGAAUGGGAUAUCACACAAAUUUUAGAUAAUAGUUUAGACGAAAUGUUUGAAAAAGAAAUUAGAAAAAAGGCAAAAGAAAUCGUAUUAACUUUUACCAAACCACAAUCGUUGGCGUUACCAAAAGGGGAAAUUGUUUUAGAUUAUUGGAAAUUGACUACAUAAAAUUUAAACCAUAUAGUAAUUAUUAUUGAUCACACAUUUUUUGAUAAUUUAUUACUCAAAUUGUUAUAAAAAAAAAAAACUCGCAUACAAUUUUAUCCAAUCUUAUCGCUAUACUUAUUAAAACACACACACACACACACACACACACAUACACACACAUGAAAUGAGUUAUCUCGAAUUUAAAAAUAAGAGUAGGCAGUGCCAAAAAAAGGAUUUAUCGAUAUUUAUCUUACCAGCCCUUAUUUUUAAUAAAAUAUCUACUUCACACUAGUCAUAAAUUUUUACGUAGUUUUAUGGAAAGUGAUUCAAGAAAAGUUAUGAUAUAAAGUUGUGCGUGUUUUUUAUGUGAAGUGAUUUUGGAUGUUAGGAUAACAGUUAUGAAGGUAACGUGAAGUAAUGUAAAGUUGUUUUUAAGAAAUCGAACAUGUAUUUUGUAAGGACAGAAUAAAUAAAAACACAAAAAUUUGUUUAAAAAAAAUAUUCAAUUUUUAUCGAUUUCUAUUUAGUUUAACGUUAAGUUAUAUUUUAGGACUUUGACGCCUUUUUUAGGCAAAUACUGGCAGAAUAACCUAGAUGAAAUCGUAAUUUGAUUGUAACUUGACUUUUUUGUUUCUAAUAUUCAAGGAAAAUCCAUGAACUCUAACUUUCUGCCGCGUGUUUAAUAAGCUCCUGAGUCAAUGUGGAGAAUUUUCUCUCAUAGGACAUAUAUAGUGUGCCCCCGGAU